GUUUGUUAGUGUCAGUGGCCUUAGAGACAGCCACGCAACGUUCAGUACGCUCUGCCACUUGCCCGUGCCCCUGCUGUCCUGCUCAGUGUGCCGCUCAUGUAGAGAGAGCGCACAGCGCAUCCCAGCCAGUUCUCCUCCUCUUCACUCUCGUUCACAUCAGGAUGGAUUUGCCCCGCUAAGAGCGCACAAGUCCACUUCGGCAGCUGGCAAGUUUGAGUGAGAUCCAGAGCAGUCCUGUACUCUAUCUCAGACAUUAAUUUUUGUCUUCUCUUUAAUUUCGGAGUCGUGAAAUUAAGAAAAUGAUAGCAGCUCGACUAUGUCCACGGGCUGUCCUCCUGCUCUGCUUCAUCUCUUCCGCCACCUGCAACACGUUCGCGUUCACCGAGGAGCCCUUCGACAGAGCCGUGAAGGCGGACAGCUACUGCAGUCGGGUUUUACGGGCUCAGAGCAAUCGGAAGGAGACCAACAACGAGUUUCAACUCCAGGUUGAGGGGGAGCCUGAGCGGUACCAGCCGGGCAGCACAUACAGAGUGAGUCUGACUGCAACCAGCCCGUCUUACUUUAGAGGAUUUACUCUCAUUGCCCUGAAGGAAGGUGCAGAAGGAGACAAGGAUGAAGACUAUGCUGGGAAUUUCCAGAUAAUUGACGAGGAAGAAACACAGUUCAUGACCAAUUGCCCCCCUGCAGUGACAGAGAGCACUCCUCGCAGGCGGAGCAAUAUCCAGGUUUUUUGGACUGCGCCCCCAAGUGGCACCGGCUGUGUUCUUCUAAAGGCAAGCAUUGUACAGAAGAGAAUUAUCUAUUUUCAGGAUGAAGGUGCACUGACGAAGCGAAUGUGUGAGAAAGAAUCCUUGUAUGGAGACGGCACAGAUAAGCCUUUACUUGAUUGUUGUGCCUGUGGAACAGCAAAGUACAGAGUCACCUUCUAUGGGAACUGGUCAGAGAAGAUUCACCCCAAAGACUUUCCUCGUCGCACCAAUCACUGGUCAGCCAUCAUCGGUGCCUCCCACUCAAAGAAUUAUGUUCUCUGGGAAUUUGGUGGCUUAGCAAGCAAAGGAGUUAAACAGGUAGCUGAGUUGGGCUCACCAGUCAAAAUGGAGGAAGAGAUCAGACAAAAGGGUGAUGAAGUCCUGACAGUCAUCAAGAUGAAGGCUCAGUGGCCGGCCUGGCAGCCUCUUAAUGUGCGCGCUGCCCCCUCGGCUGAAUUCUCUGUGGACCGAAGCCGCCACCUUAUGUCUUUCCUAACCAUGAUGGGACCGAGUCCAGACUGGAACGUGGGACUGUCUGCUGAGGACCUGUGUACCAAAGAGUGUGGUUGGGCCCAGAGGGUGGUCCAGGAUCUGAUCCCAUGGGAUGCCGGAACUGAUAGCGGUGUGUCGUAUGAGGCUCCCAACAAUCCAACUUCACCCCCGGACAAAAUCCGUCCUCUUACCAGUCUGGAUCACCCUCAAAGCCCGUUUUAUGAUCCCGAGGGAGGUGCCAUCACCUCUGUGGCCAGGGUCAUAGUGGAGCGUAUCGCCAGAAAGGGUGAGCAGUGCAACAUUGUUCCGGACAAUGUUGAUGACAUUGUAGCAGACAUUGCCCAGGAGGAAAAAGAGGAAGAUGAUACUCCAGAAACCUGCAUCUACUCCAACUGGUCUCCAUGGUCUGCCUGCAGUUCAGCCACCUGUGAGAAGGGGAAGCGGAUGAGGCAGAGGAUGCUGAAGGCCCAGCUGGACCUGAGUGUCCCCUGCCCACAUACUCAGGAUUUUGAGCCGUGUAUGGGGCCUGGAUGCAGUGAUGAAGAUGCCUCCACCUGUAUGAUGUCUGAAUGGAUCACAUGGUCUCCAUGUAGUGUUUCCUGUGGGACAGGCACACGCUCCCGAGAACGUUAUGUCAAACAGUUCCCUGAUGACGGCUCAGUGUGCACUUUGCCCACACAGGAGAAUGAGAACUGUGUGGUGAAUGAAGACUGCUCUCCCAGCAGUUGCCUGGUUACUGAGUGGGGUGAAUGGGAUGUCUGCAGUGCUACUUGUGGUCUUGGCAUGAAGAGGAGAGAGCGCAUGGUGAAGAUGCCUCCUGCAGAUGGCUCCAUUUGUGGUGCAGAGGUUCUAGAGGUUGAGAAGUGCAUGAUGCCAGAAUGUCAUACUAUACCAUGCUUGUUGACUCCGUGGUCUGAGUGGAGUGACUGCAGCGUUACAUGCGGGAAGGGUUUGAGAACACGACAGCGUAUGCUUAAAUCCCCUGUGGAACUUGGAGAAUGUACAGAGGAGUUGGAACAGGUGGAGAAAUGCAUGUUACCAGAGUGUCCCAUAGACUGCAUCAUGUCAGAUUGGACUGAAUGGUCAGAGUGCAACAAGUCCUGUGGUAAAGGUCACACUAUCCGGACUCGCAUUGUCACCAUGGAGCCCCAGUUUGGUGGAGACUCCUGUACUGAAACAAUCCAGAGGAAGAAGUGUAAAAUUAGGAAGUGCAGUCGAGGACAAGCCAACAGUGAUGAGAAGAGACGACGCAAGGAGCAGCGUGAAAAACAGAGGAGCAAACAGGGCAGAGUUGAGAGUGCCUCUGAGCAUCCAGGUUGCAGAAUGAGGCCCUGGUCCAGCUGGACAGAAUGCACCAAGCUCUGUGGUGGAGGCAUACAGGAACGACUUAUGACUGUGAAGCAGAAGUUUAAGACUGCCCAGCUGUCCAGUUGCAAGGACAGAAAAGAGAUCAGGGCAUGUAAUGUCCAACCCUGCUAAGAUGUAUCAAUGGGAGGAAGGCUGAAACAGGAAGAGACGCGGUCUGAGAAGAAGAUGACAGAGCACACUGUCGCACAAUGAUCCAAUGCACUCUGUUUAGGGCUGAAACAACUGUCUUGAAUCUGUACAUGUAAAUCCAGAGCUCAGGUCAUUUGUUAUGAAAAUAGAAAAUGAACUUUAUGAUCUCUCUGGAAAUCUGUUGAUUCAACUUUGUUCAAUCCGCUGUGCUUCAAAAACUAGCUCUGACACACAUAUAUCUCUUUUGCAGCAUUACUGUAAACUU